AUGACAAUUCAAAAUCAAACUCCAGCAGUCCGGAUCGUGGAAGUAGGACCACGGGACGGCCUACAAAAUAUUCAGGAUCAAGUUCCCACAUCCACAAAGCUGGAAUUGAUCCAACGGCUGCAGGAAUGCGAACUGAAGACUAUCGAGCUGACAUCGGUUGUCUCGCCAAAGGCUGUACCCCAGUUAUCAGAUUGCCGCAGUAUACUGGGCAAUGAGAGGGUACAGGAGGAGAUGAAAAAUCCGAGUCUGCGAUUUCCAGUCCUAGUUCCUAAUAUGAAAGGACUUGAAAUUGCCAUUCAGCACGGCGUCAAAGAAAUCGCCGUGUUCAUCAGUGCGACCGAGGGAUUCAGUAAAGCGAAUAUCAACUGCAGCGUCGAAGAAGGCCUUGCGAGAGCGAAGAAAGUCACUUCAUUGGCGCUGAAAUCUAAUAUUGCUGUCAGAGGGUAUGUCUCUUGUAUCUUCCAGGACCCCUUCCACGGUCCCACAUCGCCAUCAUCCGUACUUCAUUGCGUGAAAACACUCCUCGAUGCCGGGUGCUAUGAAGUCAGUAUUGCCGAUACACUCGGCGUGGGCUCACAAUCAGAUGUCCGCUCUCUUAUGACCCAUUUAACAAAAAACAACAUCCCGCUCAGCAAGCUAGCCGGCCAUUUUCAUAACACGUAUGGACAGGCAUCAGCGAAUGUUUGGGAAGCUUAUAAGGCCGGGAUUCGCGUGUUUGACAGCAGCGUGGGCGGCCUGGGUGGUUGUCCCUUUGCGCCGGGUGCAGCGGGCAACGUUGCCAGUGAAGAUCUGGUCCGUAUGUUUCAUAAUGCCGGUGUCAACACGGGAGUCAAUUUGGCCAAGUUGGAGCAGACUGGGGAGUGGAUUUUGCAACAACUCGGUAAAUCAUACCCGCUGGCGGCAACUUUGGCCAAGAAGGGCGGGGAAGUGAAGAACGGUACUUCCAAAUCGGGCUAUCCACGAACUAUCGGCUCCAAGACCGAUCGAACCGAGCUUUCUGGUUCUAGUCUGAGUUUCAAGGUCACUUUUAAUAGCUCGGAGAGCUUCUGA